GUUAGAUGUCUUUCCGCCGCCUCCAAAGUUCCCAAUUUUUGGAUUUUCUUCCAUCCUCAUCAUCUUCUUCUUCUUUUCUCAUCCCUCUCUAUCUCUCUCCCUCCUGCCCCUCUCUAGCAUCGUCUUUGUUGUAUCAGAGUCUUGUAUUGUCUAUUCUCUUUCCUCCUAACUCCUCCUAACCUUCCAUUCCCUUCAUUCCUUCACAAUGGGCAGCAUUCAGAACGGCGUUCCCAAGGGAACUUUCCUCUUCACCUCGGAAGCCGUAGGCGAGGGCCACCCUGACAAGAUUGCUGACCAGGUCUCGGAUGCUGUGCUCGAUGCCUGUCUCGCCCAGGACCCGCUUUCCAAGGUCGCUUGUGAAACAGCCACCAAAACUGGUAUGGUGAUGGUUUUCGGUGAAAUUACCACCAAGGCCCACCUCGAUUAUCAGAAGAUUAUCCGAAACGCCAUUAAAGACAUCGGCUAUGAUGACUCUUCCAAGGGCUUCGACUACAAGACCUGCAACGUCCUCGUUGCCAUUGAGCAACAAUCGCCUGACAUCGCUCAGGGUCUCCACUACGACGAGGCUCUCGAGAAACUAGGUGCUGGUGACCAGGGUAUCAUGUUUGGAUACGCCACCGACGAGACACCCGAAUUAUUGCCCUUGACCCUUCAGCUGGCCCAUAAACUUAACAAGGCCUUGAGAGAUGCCCGUGUUGAUGGCACUCUUCCAUGGCUCCGCCCAGACACCAAGACCCAAGUCACCGUCGAAUAUGCCCAUGAUAAUGGCGCCGUCAAGCCCCUCCGCGUAGACACGGUCGUUAUCAGCGCUCAACACAGCGAAGUUAUCACCACGGAGGAAAUACGAAAAGAACUCCUCGAGAAGAUUAUCAAGAAGAUCAUCCCCGCCAACCUCCUCGACGAUCGCACUACCUACCAUCUCCAACCCUCUGGCCUCUUUGUCAUCGGUGGUCCCCAGGGUGAUGCUGGUCUUACCGGCCGGAAAAUUAUUGUAGACACCUACGGAGGCUGGGGUGCUCACGGUGGUGGUGCCUUCUCUGGCAAGGACUAUUCCAAGGUCGACCGUUCCGCCGCCUACGUUGCGCGAUGGAUCGCCAAGUCGCUCGUUAACGCAGGACUUGCCCGCCGCGCCCUGGUUCAACUUUCAUACGCCAUUGGUAUCGCGGAGCCCCUUUCAAUAUUCGUCGAGACGUACGGUACUUCCUCGAAGACUUCAGAGGAAUUGGUCCAAAUCAUCCGGAACAAUUUCGAUCUUCGACCCGGUGUCAUUGUCCAGGAAUUGGACCUGGCCAAGCCCAUCUACUUCCAAACCGCCAAAUACGGCCAUUUCACCAACCAGAGCUUCUCAUGGGAGAAGCCUAAGACCCUUAAAUUUUAGAGGUCAUUCGCUUUUCUCCCUUUUUCCUUCUCGCAUAAACGGGACGGUGUCUCACGACUCUUGACGAUUUUGCUUUGUUUUCAACAACUCAAAGCGCCAUAUAGACUCAACAACGAAAGUACUUUCUUCUCUUGUUCAUUAAUUUCUCUUCGCCAUUUUCCCUACUUCCUUUUGCGUGACUUUUUGUUUGCAUUUUCGAGCCUCCUCAACUCUGCGGGCUCUGGAAGAAAAAUUCAACAUAUGAUACCAAUUUCAUGAUUUCUUUUUGACGGGUUAUUCAUCACAGGGCGUUUGCGGAGCAAAAGUCUUCAACAUCUUUUUCUCCACCAGGCAAGGCAAAGAUAUAUAGAGUGGGAUACGACUUAACUUUUCUGUUUGUUUGUGUGCUCUUUUGCAGCUGAGCUCUUUUCCUAAAAGUUUCUAUAUCUCCUUUGUCUGGGUGGAACGACUAGCUCGGGUCCAGAUUCGAGCGUUUUACUUUUCAAGACCUCGCUGGAUUCAAAAAGGGGACAUGUCAUUCUCGGUUUACCACAGUGGUCUUUUAUCUUGUUGUGGAAAACGAGACAACAAUACUUAUAAUGUAUGUAAUCUGAAUGGACUGCACAUACCCCGUUCAUCAUCCAUCAUCAUCCAUCAUCAUCCCAUGGAUUUUCACAGUAGCGAAAUGUCCCAAAAAAUCCGGGUUACUACGGAGCAGAUUAUCAAGGCCUCCCGUAUUCAGUGUAAUCAAAUACUCGAAAUAAAGUGGGCCAUGAAAGAAGAGAUCAAAACACAUACGGAGUAUAAAAAAAGAUACUUUAGAAGAGUCCAAGAUAGCUCCACAAUCCUCCCUCCCCUUUACAAGAGUAUAGCAAACCCAGUUGCACCACG